AUGAAUAAAAAGUUUAACUUGAUUUUUCAAAAAUAUUUUGAGUAUUGUUUAAUUUUAAAAAGUAGGAUUUCACAUUCGUACUCUGAUGUGACUGACUUGAAUAGAAAAGGCAUAUUGUUCAAAUAUCUAAUAAAUUUUUAAAUGAUUCUAAAAAGACUUUAUAAAGGCCAAUCCAGGUUAAGACUAUUACAUAGUUAAUGA